AUGGCCACGGCUAAGGACCCUACUCAGGAUGCAAAGCUCAGCCUUGAUAAUCAAGCCAAGGAUACGGAAGUCGCCUCCCAUCAUGAGUUCCGCGAUCCGUAUGGCCUGAGCGCCGAAGAACAGGCGUUCUUAGACAAUCUACCCGAUAAAGUCAAGAAGCGCGCCCUCAGCAAGCUCGACUGGCGGCUAAUCCCUCUACUUGCCUUUUUGUAUCUCAUGUCCUACAUUGACCGCACGAAUAUUGGAAAUGUCAAGAUCGAAGGCAUAAUGGACGAUAUCGACCUGCGUGGGGAUAGAUACAACGUUGCCACAUGCAUUUUCUUUGCGCCAUAUUGCUUCUUCGAAAUCCCAAGUAAUUGGAUCCUCAGCCGCACAAAACGCCCAUCUUGGUACUUGGGCUCCCUCGUCAUCGCAUGGGGCAUUGUCAUGACUUGCGCCGGCUUUAUCAACUCCUACGGGGGUUUGCUCGCAGUUAGAUUCAUGCUUGGCCUGACAGAAGCUGGAUUCUACCCAGGUGCUCUUUACCUUAUUGGUAGAUGGUACACGCACAAAGAGGUUCAGAUGCGCAUCGCCAUUUUUUACAGCGCCAGCGCUGCCGCAGGUGCCUUCUCUGGCCUAUUGGCCUUCGGCAUCGCCAAGUUAGAUGGCACCGCAGGGUACAGAGGAUGGCGAUGGAUCUUCAUCAUCGAAGGCAUCAUCUCCGUACUCGGCGGAAUCGUCUGUUUCUUUGGCCUGCCAGACUCUGCGGAACGAUCGUCUAAAUGGCUCAGCCCUGAUGAAGUCAAGUUUCUCCAGCUGCGCAAACGCCAAUCAGCCCGAGCAGCCUCGAGAAGCCACCUAGAAAACUCCCAUGAAGGAGAGAACAAAGGCUUUCCGUGGAAGACUCUGAAGAACGUGCUUCUUGACUGGCAGGUAUAUCUGCUGAUCGUGAUUUACUGGUCCAACGCGAUGCCAAACUAUGGACUCAAGUUCACAAUGCCGUCAGUGAUCAAAGGAAUGGGCUUUACUUCGUCCACUGCACAGCUACUCACAAUCCCCCCUUAUGCAAUGGGUACGGUCUCGGCGCUGGUGUCGUCAUGGAUCGCGGACCGUUAUACAUGGAGAUUCCCUUUCAUUGUCUUUGGCCAAACGCUCAUCAUCAUCAGCUAUGCUAUUUUGUUUGCCUAUGGACCGACGGUUGAUAGCCGGGUGCCAGAGUGUUAUUUCGCUCUCAUUCUGGCAUGUAUCGGCUUCUUGCCAAUCCUCCCAAGUACCAACGCUUGGGCUAUCAGCAACCUCGAAGGCCCUACGAAACGUGCCAUUGGACUUGCCUGGAUGAUUACUCUUGGAAACUUGGGUGGGGUUCCGGGAUCGUUCUUCUUCAAGACCGAGGAAGCUCCUCGAUAUCCUACGGCCUAUGCAAGCUCUUUCUCGGUUGCUGGCGCAGGUAUUGUUGCCGCGGUAUGCCUUGAGCUUGCUUAUUCCAAAGUCAAUGCGAGGCGAGCGAAGAAGAGCGAGGAAGAAAUCAGGGCGAGUUAUACUGAGGAGCAGUUGGAAAAGAUGGGUGACCGCUCUCCACUCUUCAGAUAUACCCUGUGA